GGGCGGAGUGCAGAUAUGGCGGCGGCUGAGCAGAGUUCCAAUGGCCCCAUCAAGAAGUCAAUGCGGGAAAAAGCUGUUGAGCGCAGAAAUGUAAACAAGGAACAUAAUAGUAAUUUUAAAGCCGGUUAUAUUCCCAUUGAUGAAGACAGACUGCAUAAAACUGGUUUACGAGGUCGGAAAGGAAACUUAGCAAUUUGUGUCAUUGUCCUCCUGUUUAUCUUAGCUGUCAUCAACUUAAUUAUCACGUUGGUUAUUUGGGUUGUGAUUCGUAUUGGUCCCAAUGGCUGUGAGAGUAUGGAAUUCCAUGAGAGUGGCCUACUCCGAUUUAAACAAGUAUCGGACAUGGGAGUGAUACAUCCGUUAUACAAAAGUACUGUGGGAGGACGACUCAAUGAGGAUCUAGUGAUCACAGGAAAUAACCAGCCCGUAAUUUUUCAGCAGGGCUCAACCACGCUUAGUGUGGAUACAAACAAGACUUCAAUUACUAGUGACGUUGGCAUGGAAUUUGUUGAUCCAAGAACCCAAACUACUUUGUUUAGCACAGAUUAUGAGAAACAUGAAUUUCAUCUACCAAAAGGAGUAAAGACUUUGAACGUCCUGAAAGCUUCUACUGAACGUAUUACUAGCAAUGCCACAAGUGAUCUCAACAUAAAAGUCGAUGGUCGUGCUAUUGUACGUGGUAAUGAAGGAGUGUUUAUCAUGGGAAAGACAAUAGAGUUUCGCAUGGGUGGUGACCUUGAGUUGAAAGCAGAGCAAAGUAUAAUCUUGAAUGGCACAGUGAUGGUCAGUACUUCCCGACUACCUACUUCCACUACCGGCGAGCUGCUGUACGAUGACGGAUGGGAACGCUACAAACUGUGCAUGUGCGCCGAUGGAACUUUAUUUAGAGUGAAGGUGGAAAGUCGGAACAUGGGAUGCCAAACCUCUUCCAACCCAUGUGGUGCAACAUACUAAAGAUCUAAUACAGCAGUAUUUUAUAUGUAACACUAUUAUAUAUAUAUUUACUUUCUUUCUGUGUGAACAAUUUGCAGAAAUGCUUUAUAACAAAAUCUGUGAGUGUUAUUUGUGAUGUUUAACCACUAAACAAAUGUGUCCUGUAAUGCACUUACAAUUGUUUUCAUAUUACAUUUGUUUUAAUGCAUUUACAAUUAUUGGGGGGGUCAUGAAUUUCAAAAUAUUACAUAUGCUGAUAAUUUGUAUUACACUACUAUUAUUUAAAAAUUCUGUUAUAUAUACAUACAGUAUAUUUUAGUAAUUAUUAUUGCUACAGGACAAAUGCAAUGCCAAUAAAUACUUUCUGUCUUCAAACUAAAAAUUAAAUAUAAUUUAACCACUGCUGACUUUCACAAUCCUCGUGCAAUUUUUGUUUCUACAGGGCUCUAUUUUCUCUAUAGGAAAAUGAGCACCAUGAUGCGCUGAGCUCAGAUUUUGUGCAAGGUAGCAGCAUUUUAUCACCCUUACAUUCAUGGUGUAUCCAAAACACACUGUUAUGCGUGUUAAUCAGUCUCAGAUGCCUUGUAAGAACUUGCAAGAUUAUAUGACAAGAUGCCCAAUGGUUGUAUAUAGAGCUUUUUUAUAACUCUAUUCUGGCUAAUUAUGGGGCAGUGCAUGUAUAUCAAUAGUAUGUAUGUAUGUAUGUGUAUGUGUGUAUGUAUGUGUAUGUGUGUAUAUAUACACAUAUAUAUUCAUUUUUCCCCUCAUUCUCUAAAGGGAUACUUUAAGCUUAAAUAGACAGUCAACACCAAACUUGUUAUUGUUUAAAAAGAUAGAUAACACCUUUACUGCCCAUUCCCCAGCUUUGCACAACCAACAUAGUUAUAUUAAUAUUCUUUAUAACAUAUAUACCUCUCAACUCUGCCUGUUUCUAAACCACUACAGACAGCCUCUUAAUCACAUGCUUUGUUGUUUUUUAUGCUUUUCACAACAGGAGACUGCUAGUUCAUGUGGGCCAUAUAGAUAACAUUGUGAUCUCUCCCUUGGAGUUGUGCAUGGCACUGCACUAAUUAGCUAAAAUGCAAGUCAAUAGAUGAUAAAUAUUCAGUCAUGUGUUCAGGGGGAUGUCAAGAUGCUUAGAUAGAUAUAAGGUAAUCACAGAGGUAAAAAUUAUAUUAAUAUAACCAUGUUGGCUGUGCAAAACCGGGGAAUGGGUAAUAAAGGGAUUAUCUAUCUUUUUUAAAAAAAUAACAUUUUUGGAGUUGACUGUCCCUUUAAAGCUUUUAACUCUUAAAAGUUACUAUAAAUUUGAUAUUACAGCAACAAUUAACAAUCUCUACAAAUCUGAAGAAAAUGUAAGUGGUUUUUGAGAUAUAUAAAUAAACAAAAUGCAUUCUG